UUUAAUUCGUAUUAUAAGUCACACAUUAUGAUAUUUAAAUUAAAUCUUAGUUAAUUAUGAAUAUAGCAUCAAAUUGUUUACAUCCUAUAAUAUUUCUUUAAAUUUAUCUAAUAUUUAAAGGCCUAUGUUAUAAGUAUGUGUUUACGCUGUCCGUAUCCCAACGAAUACACUUCGUUUCAAAUAUAAUGAAGAAGGUACUAGGUUUAGGAAGAGGAAUUAUCGAAACUCCGGCGGGGUACUCACCCAACGUGGGAGUCGGCGAAGAUGGCGAGGUCAAAGGCUUUGAUUUCACCGAGCAGUCCAUACGGAAGGCGUUCAUCAGAAAGGUGUACUCGAUCCUGAUGUGUCAGCUGCUGGUCACGAUGGGUUUCAUAGCUCUGUUCCUGUUCCACGGACCGACCAAAGCCUGGGCCGCGAGGAAUCCCUGGAUGUUCUGGGUAGCGUUCGCGGUUGUGUUCGUGUGUCUGAUCGCGAUGGCGUGUUGCGACGGCGUGCGGCGACAGGCGCCGAUGAACUUCAUCUUCCUCGCCAUCUUCACCGUCGCCGAGAGCUUCCUGCUCGGGGUCACGUCCAGCGUGUAUGAUGUCAGCGCGGUGAUGAUGGCAGUCGGUAUAACAGCAGGCGUGUGUCUCGCGCUGACGAUAUUCGCGUUUCAAACUAGGUGGGACUUUACCACCAUGGGCGGGGUGCUGCUGUGUGCCACCGUGGUGCUGCUACUCUUUGGUAUUAUCGCGAUAUUCAUCCCGCGCAACAACAUAGUAACUCUAGUAUACGCUUCGCUCGGCGCCCUGAUCUUCUCCAUGUACCUGGUGUACGACACGCAGCUCAUGAUGGGCGGCAAGCACAAGUACAGCAUCAGCCCCGAGGAGUACAUCUUCGCAGCCCUCAACCUGUACCUGGACAUCAUCAACAUCUUCCUGUACAUCCUGACCAUCAUUGGCGUCGCUCGCGACUAGGGGAACGAGUAAGGGCACGGUCGAUUCUGGCUGAUGGUUGUUGAGUGCGUGUGUAGUGAUGUCACCAUCUUAACCCUGAAAUUAUUAAUUACUAACUUUGUAUCGACGACUAUGAUAAACCAAGCAAAGUAUCUAUCUCAAAACAUUUGGAAAGUCCAUUUUAAACAAUCGGAAGAUGCCGAUUGGGAUUGUUUUUUGAAUUCAGCAGUUAGUCGAUUAUCGAUGUAUUAGACUGGUCGCGUCACUAGUUUAGUCGAUAAAUGGAGAACUACACACGCAAUGUCUGGUAUCGUGUCUGCAGUAUUUCGGUGCGAUACGCUUUGCUUUCUAGAGCUGUAAAUAGUCCGCUUGGGCGUUAUACCUGUGUAUUAUCACACCGAAAUAUUACAGACGCCAUUUUAUUAAUAAUUGGCGUAUUAUUCUGUUAUAUUACUAUUUUCUAACUUGAAAUAAAUGUUUAAUUUUUAAAUGGCACUCGGUGCGAAUACUACUUUAAUUAUUAUUUGGAUUGUAUGGUCGAUAGCAUUUAAAUGGUUGGAGACAGUUGCCCUUAUAAAAUGUACCCAAAUGCACCGAUAUGUUCACUUUACACUUUGAGAGAAUAUGAUCUCUAUUUCGAUAUUGAUAAUAUAAUCAUUGAUAUUUAGUGUCUACUUAACAUCACGAAUGAAAGUAUUUAGAAGCUUUAUAUGUCCGUGUCAACCAAAUAUAUAUCGACAUUACCGACGACAAUAAAAUAAUGUCGAUAUCGAUAUUUCGAAUUAUAGUUCUCAAAUAUGAUAAUUAUAGUAUAGAAAGCUACUCAUUGCCGCCAAUAACAAGGCAAUACAGAGCCACGUUGUCGAUUACCGAAGUCGAUAACAUGUUGAUUCAAGCUCUAAUAUCCACUAAUAAUACUAGGUAUGUGAUUGUAUUUACUAUAUGUCUAGUACAAGUAAUGCUUGACCUGUAAACUUGACAUAGUCACUUAUCGAUAAAAUAAUGAUAUAGCUCUAUGUUACUAUAUGAGUGUACAUUCCAUUGAUUCGCAAUAGUUAAUUUUGAGAAAUCUCUCGAAUGUGAGGCGAAAUCUUCAUGCCAUGCUAUGGUCGAUAUUGCAUCGUAGAAAUAAAAUAUAUUAUCGUAUUCAAGUCAUUAGGUGUUUAUCGACUCUUGACUAUGCCAGGUAUGCAACAUAAUUUAUGUAAAAAUAUUUUUGUCUGUACUGAUAUUAAGGUUUUGUUAUUUUCGUUAAACAUUAAAAUAAUAUUAAUAGACCAA